AUGCAUAGGUUGUCUAAAUAUUUGAAUUUCAUGUCUAAACGGAUUCUCUCACCCCCCGCUACGCCCGCGCCCGCUCAAGCUGGCAAGAAGCGCCGCUUCAAGAAGUUUAAACCAAAGCCCAUCGAUCCCACUUCUGUCGAGGGUGUUCUGCGCAACGAUGUGGGUGACAUGCUUGACAAGUUGGGCAUCGACAAGGACGGCGCCAAAAACGAUAUGGAUGCGUUCUUCAAUCGCGACAGGUCUCUGCCCUGGCCGCUCCACAAAACAGUAGAUCUGGAAAUCGAAGCCCUGUCCUCUACGGGCGUUGGCCUAGGUGUUCACGACGGCAAAGCGGUCGUUGUUCCCUACGCAAUUCCGGGCGACAAGGUUCGCACAAAGAUCUACCGCACCGAGGAAAGCUAUUUAGAGAGCGAGAUUUUGGAGAUUCUCACUCCUUCCAAAGAUCGCAACGAUGAUCUGAGCAGUUGCCGCUACUUUGGUCGCUGUUCUGGCUGCCAGUAUCAAAUGACAAAGUACGAGUAUCAACUCGAUGCAAAGCGUCAGGUUGUGGUUGAUGCCUUCCGCCACUACGCUCCGGAGCUGUUCAAGUCUGGAAAGCUACCUGAGAUCAGCAAAACUGUAGGCUCGCCUUUGCAGUACGGAUAUCGCACAAAACUCACUCCGCACUUUGACGAGCCUCGUAAAACCAAACAAGGGCUGGUUCCUAUUGGGUUUGGCAUGAAGGGCCGCAAAGACAUUCUGGAUAUCGAAGAGUGUGCCAUCGGUACUCCGGUGGUCAACGAUGGUAUGAAGAGAGAGCGAGCGCUUGUUCUGGAAAACAUUGCAUCUUAUAAACGCGGAGCCACGAUCCUGCUGCGGCAAGAUCAAAAGGAAGAUGGUACGCUCGUGUGUACUACCGAUAACAAGGCUAUUAUCACUGAGAAUGUUGACGGCUUUGUCUUCAAGUACCCUGCCGGAACAUUCUUCCAAAACAACAACUCUAUUUUGCCCUUGGUGACAAGCUUUGUGCGGGAAAACAUCAAAGUCCGCGGCGAGGCUCCCAAGUUCCUGGUCGACACUUAUUGUGGAAGCGGCCUUUUUGCCGUCACAUGCUCAUCUGCGGUUGAGCGGGUGAUCGGGGUCGAGAUCUCCAAGGAAUCUGUCGAGUACGCUACAACAAAUGCAAAACUCAAUAAUAUCGCCAACGCCGAGUUCAUAACUGGGCAGGCGGAGCGCAUCUUUGAGCACGUCUCGCAGGAGCCCGAAAAUACCGCAGUCAUCCUCGAUCCCCCUCGCAAGGGCUGUGACAAGCUGUUUUUGGACCAGCUCAUCGCCUUCAAGCCAGCCAAGGUCGUGUAUGUUAGCUGCAACGUCCACAGCCAGGCCCGUGAUCUUGAAUAUUUAAUGCAAAACAGCUCCUACAAAAUCGAGUCUUUGGGUGGCUUUGAUUUCUUCCCUCAAACAUACCAUGUGGAAGGUGUAGCAGUUUUAAGCUUAUAA